ACUUUUACGCCACAACUGAAGAAAAUGAGUAGUACUGGUUCAAAUCAGAGGACUUUGUUCCAGACUUGGGGUGUCGCAGUUUCCCAAAACAAAUUUGUUCAACCAAAGAAAGAUGACGCUCGACGGCGCAGAACAACCCCAAGCAACACGGCUCAGGUAGCUACAUCACACACUCCGCGAAAUCCUUUAUGGACUGAAAUAGGUCAGGGGUCCACAUACACACCAGAGAUCCCAGUGAGGAUUGAGGACCCUGUACCUGCUUAUGAAGAUGGAGAUGACGACGAUGAUCUUAUGGUGGUUGCUGUCUACGAAGCUGAAAAGACCCUUCAGCUUGAUAAUGCAAACUUUUUUCAAGAUGACAACCCUGUAGGAACAGAGAACAGUGUUCUCUCUCCCAUCCUGUCAGGUGUGCAGACAUAUCCAGAUUUCCCUGGGUUUGACAGCUCCUCAGCUAAGGUAUGGAUCUACCCUACUAACUACCCCAUCAGAGAGUACCAGCUGAAGAUAUCAGAGGCUGCCCUGUUUCAGAACACACUGGUGUGUCUUCCCACUGGUCUGGGAAAAACCUUUAUAGCCUCUGUGGUUAUGUACAACUUCUACCGCUGGUAUCCAUCGGGGAAGAUUGUAUUCAUGGCUCCCACUAAACCUCUGGUGGCACAACAGAUCGAGGCCUGUUAUAAAGUGAUGGGGAUCCCACAGGCACACAUGGCUGAGUUGACAGGUAGCACAGCAGCAAAGCAGAGACAGGAGGUGUGGAGGUCCAAGCGCGUGUUCUUCCUCACCCCUCAGGUCAUGGUGAAUGAUCUCACUAGAGACACCUGCCCGGCUCAGCAGGUCAAGUGUGUGGUGAUCGAUGAAGCCCACAAAGCACUGGGCAACCACGCUUACUGUCAGGUGAUCAGACAGCUCGGCAGCCAGACUCUGCAAUUCCGCAUCCUGGCCCUUAGCGCAACUCCAGGGGGAGAUACAAAGUCGGUGCAGUCGGUGAUCUCUAAUUUGCUCAUCUCCCACAUUGAGCUGCGUUCAGAAGAAAGCCCAGACAUCCAGGCACAUUCCCACCAGCGCAGCGUGGAGAAAGUGGUGGUUCCUCUGGGAGAGGCCCUUUCUGCUCAUCAGGCACGCUACCUGCAGGUGCUGGAGAAAUUCAUGUCUCGUCUGGUCCAGAACCGGGUGAUGGCACACAAGGACCUGAAGACUCUCACCAAAUACCAGCUCAUCCUCGCCAGGGACCAGUUUCGCAAAAACCCACCACCAUACAUCAAGGGUCCACAGCAGGGAAUGCUGGAGGGCGACUUUGCCCUUUGCAUCAGUUUGUACCACGGCUAUGAGCUGCUGAUGCAGAUGGGCCUCCGAUCGCUCUUUUUUUACAUUCAGGGAAUCGUGGAUGGAUCAAGAGAGAUGUCCAGGGCGAGGAAUGAGCUGCAGAGGACUCCCACCUUCAUGGACCUCUACCAUGAGAUGGAAGCAAUGUUUGUGAAGCCAUCUGCUGGUCCAGAUGAGCCCUUCAUUUACAGUCAUCCCAAACUGGAGAAACUGGAGGGGGUGGUGCUGCAGCACUUUGCCCAGUGGGCUGAGAGCUCUGCAGACAAUAAUGUAAGCACGCGCGUGAUGAUCUUUUCGUCGUUCCGUGAAAGCGUACAGGAGAUCGCAGCCAUGUUGAACCGCCAUGCUCCGCUGAUCAGGGUCAUGACAUUUAUGGGCCAAGCCUCAGCUGGGAAGGGGGUCAAAGGCUUCACCCAAAAGGAGCAACUGGAGGUGGUGCACAGGUUCCGUCAGGGAGGAUUUAAUACACUGGUGUCGACCUGUGUGGGUGAAGAGGGGCUGGAUAUCGGAGAGGUGGACCUCAUUGUUUGCUUCGAUGCACAGAAGAAUCCUAUCCGCCUCGUGCAGCGAAUGGGACGUACUGGACGUAAACGGCAGGGACGCAUUGUUGUCAUCUUGGCUGAGGGACGCGAGGAGAGGACCUACAACCAGAGCCAGAGCAACAAGCGCAGUGUGUACAAGUCCAUCACUGGCAACAAAAGCGGGUUCCACAUGUACCCCAACAGUCCCCGCAUGCUGCCAGAGGGGGUGAACCCCAACCUGCAUAAGAUGUACAUUACCUGUGGCCAGUUUGACCACCAGGAGAGCAGCAGACGGUCUGUCAGGGGUCGACGGUCCCGCUCUGAGGGAAGGGCCUCACUCAUCCACCCUCAAAACCUGAUUAUGCAGGGCAGUGCAACAUCAGACGGGUUUCUGAGCAGUACAGAGUAUUCCCUGUGGACAUCUACCAUGAGGCUGAAGGAAGAUGAAGCUCAACCAACCCUGAAGCAGUCCCACUUUGUGUCCAUAUGCGCCGAUCUGCCACCUCAGGAAGCUUCCAAAAAUGGGCCCCGAUCCAGAGAGCUGUCUUUGUGGGAAUGGAGACACUGGCAGCACAAAGUGCUUCCUACCCAUGUUGUUGAUCAUUCCCAUCGCUGCCACCACUUCAUUAAGGUGAUGGAGCUCAUAGACGGCAUGAGAGAGGAAAAUGAGGGGGAAUGCCGUUACGAACAGGAGCUUCUACCUUACCUCAACGAAGCCGAUGCUGUUGGCCACGUGAAGAACAGACAGAAGAAGCAGAGGAGCGCAAAGACCUGCACUAAAACUACUAACAACAAACCCAAACUGUCUCACUCGACGUUGUCUGAUCUAGAAUGUCCCGAUGAAGAAGCAGACAGAGAAAAAACAGAAAGAACAAGUUUAGUUUCCACGUUAGCUGUGACAAAACAAAGACCUCCAGCUGAACAUGAUACUGAAGCACUUUAUGAAGACUUCUCAGAUCACCUGAGACCUGAGGCGAUCCAUCCUCCUCCUUCAAAAAAUGACUGUCCAGAAGCUGACAUGGAUGACGACUGCGCCAUUAUUGACGAGGGUGUCAUAAAUUCAGAGUGUGCAGUGACAGAGCCUAUACAUUUGCACAGUAUUUCACAGCUGAUUACAAAAAUUGAUGAAGAUGAAGAUGUUGAACUUCAGGCCAUGUUCUACCUUCCUAAAUGGGAUUCAGCACCUCCUCCAUCCUCUGCUAAACUCCUCUCAGGGAAUGAUGAGAGUCUGAAGGUCAUCCUGGCCAACGUGGCGGAGCUCCUGUCCCGAUCUCCACCGUCACCACCUGCAGGUUUAGAGGCUGACAUGGCUGCGCCGUCACUUCCUCCCUCUCCUCGGCAGCUUCAUCAGCCAUUUCAGGUCACCUUUACCUUGGACGUAGACGACGACGACGACGACGAAGUGGUGGUAAGUGAAGCUGACAAUGCAUCCCCAAGGGUAGACUCGCAUCAGCGUCCAGUGGGUGAAGAGGAGAGUGAAAUUUAUAAUGAUUGCCCUCAUCAGGAGCAGCAGCUUGUCCGUAAAGGCGCGGACAGCCCCAGCUGGGAUGAGGUCUUUGGGGACGAAGAAGUAAACGAUGACCAUCAUCUCAGGGAAGACGGCAGGGAGACAGACCUCCAGGAGGAACAGAUUAUUGAAGAUGCUGAAAACAAUAAGGGAAGCUGGGAUGAUUUGAGCAAUGAGGGAACGCCAGACUUGAUAGAUGGAGGAGUAAAAGACGACAGGGCCUCUCAGUGCAGCUCUAAAACAGACAAGAGCAUGGAUCUGUUUGAGGAUGACGAAGCCUUCCUGCAGAUGUCCAUCCCAGACAUCUCCACUCCUGGCAUCACACCCAGGACAUCCCCUUGUGCCAGAGACAUUUCCAACAGCACAAAAAAGAUGACUAACACUUCACAAUUGCACGACCCAACACACCCGUGCAGCACAACGCACGCAGCAGACAGCACACACAGAUUAAACACAGUGCAAACGGAUGAAUUAACGCACACAAUGUUGAUAACACAUACUACACAUGCCAAGCUGACACCUCAGGAUGCAAAUAUGUAUAACACUACAAAACAUAAUACAAACACAACAGCACCCAGUAAACGUAUAAUAGACAGUUCAGUGACAGACGAGGUAUUUACGGCUGAUUGCAAAUCUCCCACAGUGCAUCGAAAUGCAGACACCUCCCCUGACUACUUCUCCGUCAACUUUGACCUCGGCUAUUCACUGGAGGACUCGGAGGAUGAAGCAGAGGUCGAGGCUGCCCCAUGUAUGUUGACCUCUCCACGGCCCAAAAAGCAGACUGACUCUCCUUUGUCUUUGCCAGCCGUCUCUAAGUCUUCCACACCCAAUAACACCUUCACUAGACAGAGAACGCCUGCACAGUUCAGUGAAUCUAAAUCGUCUACAGCACAAAUGUUUUCAGAGCAAAGGAGGAGAGGAAUGUCUCCUCUUCUGACUUCACCUUUGAUGCCUAAAGGUGGGGGACUCCCAUCUCCAAUCACGUCACUGGGAGCAAAGAGGACGCUCAUUCCUGGUCCAGCCGGGCCUCACACACCGACUUCACUCUCCAGCUUGAAACGGAGACGACCGAUGGGUCACCCCGUCAAGGCUGAGAGAGGGUCCGGUGUGGAAAACAAGUCAAGUCAGGAACCUGUUGUUGUGUCUGACUCCCCUCCUCAUCCAGUGGGGUGCAACAGUGACAGUGAAGAUGAAGUUGUGGUUCUUAAAAGAAGACAUCAGAACAAGGUCAACCCUUUGUCAUCCCCAGAAGUGUCCAAGGUCUCCAGUGACGUGGACUCUCCGGUGGUUGUGAACAGGAAACGUGCAGCUGCACUUAAUACUUCUGACGAAGAGGGCGAAGCUGUUUCUGAUGAUGAUUUCCAGAAUGACAGUGUGUUCAUGCGCCGAACUAGAGCACAGGGAGCUGAGAGGAAACAAGUCCAACAGGCAAGAGCCAAGGUCUGGCGUCAGUUCCUGGAUCAAGAAGCGGAGCUGUCAGAGGAUGCAGAGGGGCCAGAUGUGUCAUCUGAUGAAGAGGAUGGAGAGGAACAGAACCAGUCUCUUGAUGGGUUUGUGGUCGACAACAUGCACCUCUCCCAGGGACUGAAUGACUCAGAGAUGCAUGGGGUUUACCUAAAGUCAGUGAGAAGCCCUGCAGUCCAGGGCAAGUUCAAAAUGUCUUACAGAAACCAUCACGUUGACAUCUUUUCCCAGGUGCCUGAGAUGGAUGAAACGUACGCAGAGGACAGCUUUGUGGUCGGCAGUGAGGUAGAGGAGGUGGAGAGCAGCGAGGAAGAGGCUGAAGACGUUGAGCUCAUGCCUGAGGACUCGUAUGUAGACGGUAGGAGGCAGUAUGCCACCAGACGACGUGUUUUCCUGCACAAAGUCAGAGCAGAAGCUGGAGCCGGCGUUAAGACCAGGGCUGAAGCUCCACCAGAGCAGAGAGCGGGGGUGAAAACCAAGCGUACCCGGGUCAUCCGCAUUAAUGAUUCCAGUGAUGAGGAGAGAGGUGAAGGUAAUAAAGAGAGAAGUCCUCCAACAGGAGGGGAUGUUGCUGUCCCCUUGCGGCCAAAUGUGGCACAGCCGGAGCCCAGCAGACCUCAGCAGCAGCAGCAGCAGCAGAAAGCCGUCUCCUCCUCGUCUUCAACCAUAGCAUCCAAGGUCUCAUUGUUGAGUAAAGCACGGAGGAGCUCAGUGACUGAAGAACAGCAAAACGAGAGGUGCCGCCAGAGGUUAGAAAAUCAACAUCUCCUCUCUGAUGAGUUAGACUUUGUGAAGUCAGAGUCGCUGUUAUCCUCCAACAUUCAACUACAGGCAACCUCUGCCACCUCCUCAGUGCCUCAACCCCAGAAGUCCAUCGGUCAGGAUGUGUCGGUCAGUGAGUCCCCAGCUCCACCCGGGUCUGUCUGUAUUCUGGUGGACAGUCGCUGCAUCAGUACCGGAGUGGACUUGAUGACCAGCCUGCGCCAACGCCACGCGGCCACCGUCCACGUCUGCUCACUGGACGGCAGCUACUUCAUCGUCAGCAACCGCAUGGCAGUGGAGAGGCACAGCCAGUCAGAUCUGGCCGCAGUGCAGAACCGGAAGCGAUUGGUCGAAAGAGUGAACAGCCUGCAGGGACUGUUUGAGCGUGUUUGUCUGAUUGUGGAGAAGGACCGUACCAAGUCAGGUGAGGCCUCACGUCCAUUUCAACGAACACGUUACUAUGACGGCACAUUAGCGGGCCUGGUGCGCACUGGAGUUCGCUUGCUGUGGAGCGAUGGUGCUGAGGAGAGUGCGGGCUUGCUGGCCGACCUGGCACGACUGGAGCAGCGAAAAGGUCAGGGCAUCAGUGUGCCGCUGGAGGUCAAAGGGCAGCACAGGCAGCAGGCCCUGCAGCUGUACUUGAGCCUGCCUUCAGUCAGCUAUGUCCAUGCUCUCAACAUGAGUCACAACUUCAGGUCAAUCAGCCAACUAAUAAACAGCUCCAUUGAAGCCAUACAGAAAGGAGGCUGCAUGAGUCAAUCCAGAGCUGAAGAGGUCUACCGCGUCCUGCGCUACUCCUGUGACUCCUUCCUUAUGAACACAUCCAAAGCAGGAAAAACCAUUUAGCAACCUGGGGGAGGCUGACUAGG